GUACAGGAGUAGUAUAGUUGGCCGACAAAAUAAGUAAAUGCAAAAUGACUCGUACUAAUGUACGUCCACUUACAUACGCUGAGAGCUUGAGACUCAAGACACUGCCAUUGAUGACCGAGAAAAAGGGCGAACAAAACAUUCAAAUUCCAGUCCCACCCACGGCCCACCCAUAAAAAAUCCCUGUCCCACCAAAUCAAACUCUUAUUUUCUUUCCGCAAUUUCUUCCUAUUUUUGUUUUCUUGCUUUGAUUUCAAACUGGACUAAGACACCCAAAAAUGGAUGAGAAAGUAGCAGGGUCUUCAUCUUCAGUUGCUGGGGAUGAGUUAGAAACAGAAACGGAGAAUGUUAAACAAUUUGAGGAGGAUGAACCAGUAGAAGAGUCAACAAAGGAUGGGUCUUUUGCUGAAUUUGUUGUUGCUCCCCUUGUUCCUCUCCAACACCAUCUUGAGAAAGACAAGGAUGAUGAGAGCUUAAGGAGGUGGAAAGAAAAACUAUUAGGUUCUGUUGAAGGCAAUUUAACUGACCAAGUGGAACCUGAAGUCACAUUUCACUCGAUCGGGAUCAUAUCCGAUGAUCUUGAAGAAAAAAGUACUGCCUUGCCGCUGGAUGAAAGUGAGAGCAGCAAAGUUUUAUUUUCAUUCAAAGAAGACUCUCGAUAUCGCCUUAAACUCAUUUUCACCGUCAAGCAUAACAUUGUCUCUGGUCUGGCCUACUCUAUUAAUGUGUGGAAAGCAGGAAUUCAAGUGGAUCAAAGGGAUGGAAUGCUCGGUACCUUUGCUCCUCAACAGGAGCCCUAUGUUCACCUGCUCGAAGAGGAAACUACUCCAUCUGGUGCUCUAGCAAGAGGAGUUUACGCAGCUAAGCUGAGAUUUGCAGACGAUGAUAAGAAAUGCCACAUGGAACUAAGUUACAGUUUUGAAAUCAAAAAGAACACUUAGCCCUGGUACUUUCUCGGUCUCAUUGCGCAUCUUUUAGCUUCCUUGUUUCGUGUUUAUGUUCGACAUUACGGGCAGUUGCCAUUUCGAAGUAAUUGUUUGUAGUUCGAAUACUACGAUGAAUACCUGCCCAACAUCGAAAAGAACUCGAUAGUCUUCAGUUCAUUGCUAUUAAUUCCAAAAUUUAGUGCUCGAUCUUGUUUGAGUAAGCGAAAUUGACGUCUUUUGUACAUACUAUACUUUCAUUGGCUUUGGUUUAAACUUUACAGUUUCUCGGAGAUAAUCUCUCAAGUCAUUUUUAUUUUU